AACAACAAUUCUGAAUUCAUUUAAAAGAAUACAAUUUUAUUCAAUAACAAAUGAACAUAUAAUAUUACUUGGCUGCAAAAUCUUCAAUAUUGCCUUCUAUGCAUUAUCACCUCUAAAACAAUGCAACCGCAAGCCAAGGCGGGCGCCAAAAGCCCAGCGUCCGUGGCCAAACUUGAGGAAUUCAUCAAUGACCGGCUUAAGGAGGAUCUCAAACAGCUGGAGAUAUGUCUCAAUCGGUAUAACGAGGACAUUAUGGAAUAUGUACAGCUGAAGAACACGCUUCAAACCUUUGACGAGCACAUGCCCGAUGGCUACAAGACACAGGUCAACAUUGGCAGCAAUAUUUUUAUGCAGGCACGCGUCAAGCAAAUGGACAAAAUACUCGUGAAUGUGGGCAAGGAGGUGUAUCUGGAAAUGAGCAUGGAGGAGGCCAUCAAGUUUAGUGAUGUGCGCAUUAAGAUUCUAACCAAACAGGCGGACGUGGUGCGAGAUGAGAGCGUAAAGAAGCGAACACUUAUUAAAUUGGCACUGCUUGCAAUAGCUGAACAAGAAAAGUUGCUGCAAGACGAGAGCAAGAAGUGAAGGAUCGAAAGCAAGAUGGCCGCCAGGGAAGAGAUGUAGUAGUGUUGGAAAACGAUGUUAGCUAAGUAAAUAAAAUAGCAUGUUAUCUAAUUGCAGUUGCCUAUUGUAUGUGAUCUGCAGAAGAAACGGAACGUGAUUUCGAAUUAUAUUAUUUUUAACUGCCGGCUGAGUUUUGUCCAACGAGUGGAAUAAUUCAUUGCUGUCAUAUUCAUAGAGGGAUUACGUUAUCCGUUAGCAGUAAUCGAAUGUCACGUGUACUUCCCCGCCCUAAAAUUCAAAUUACUGAUACUAUAUUUCGACAA